AUGUUGAGGAGCUUCGAAGAAACGGAAAAGCUCGACACCAAACCGAAAGUUGAUCAGGUAAUGAAAGCUGAGUUUCCUUCGCAAACAAUGACAUGUUAUGGCUGCGGGAAAAGAGGGCAUUUAGUCAGAGAGUGCCCUGCUAAGAGCGAGAAGAAGUGGUGUAACUAUCACAAAAGUACAACACACUCAGAUGGCACCUGCAGAAGUCAGCAAAAGAGCAAAGACCAAGCCAAACAGGUGUCGGAGAAAGAAAACACCUCUAAAGAUGAACAUUCAUUUGCAUUCAAAGUUAACGACGAAGCAACAGGGAAAAUCAAUCGAAUGGGAAUGUUGGUUGACACAGGUGCCACUUCUCACAUUGUUACUACUGAUAUUUUAAAGCAAAUAGACAUGACAUUUAAACCAUCAAAACAUUACAUUGAACUGGCUGAUGGCACACGAGCCAGUAAUAUUGCAUUGAAACGAGGGGAUGCUGAAGUGUUUCUGAAAGAUACAAAUGGAAAACGUGUGAAAACGGUGCUGAAAAACGCCUUAUAUAUACCAUCCUAUCCUCAAGAUAUUUUCUCAGUGAAGGCAGCCACAUCAAAUGGAGCCGAGCUUCGAUUUGCCCAAGAUACUGGUGAGCUAACCCUUGAAGAUGGUACCAUUGUUGAAAUUGAAGAACAUGGACGGUUGUACUAUUUGACUUCUAUAGACAGUCAUGAGAACGAUAGCGUAAGUGAAGUAGAUAAAGUAAAUCUCUCAUAUGAUAUUAACACAUGGCAUGAAAUCCUAGGUCACUGCAAUUUUUCAGAUAUUAUAAAACUACAGGGGGUAGUUAAGGUGGCUCGAUAUAGUUAUCACAAAAACCCUGCUCAAGAAUCGCGAACUCAAAACCGGGUAACCAUUUUUACGCGCGGGUCGCGGAAACUGAUUAACAAAAUGAAAGAACUUCCAAAAUGACCUGACGUGAGCAGUUGCUUGCGCCAUAUCACGCCAUUGCGUGUGUUCUAUAGCGUUUUAUGACAAUUGCUGACGUCAUUAGAAUUUUCCAUUUUCGAAAAACAAGCGCUAUAUCUCUUUAUUUUGUCUGGUGAACUAUGUUCAAAUUUUGCAUGCUCUAUUGCACCGCUAAAAACUUUCAUUAUACAAAAAAUAAAAAAAUUCUGUAAUGCAAAAAAAAAUUUAUUGAAGAAUAUGACAUUUUCGCAUUUUCCAAAAAAAUGGCAUUACAGAAUUUUUUUAUAUUUUGCUAAUCGUUAGCUUUUCGUCCAAGUAAAAUAAUGCACGAAAAAAAAUUGGGGGUCACCAUGCUUUUUUUCCAACUAUACGAGACGAUAGGCCAUUUUGGAGUGAAUUUCGUACACGUAUGUCGUCAUAGCAACGAACUAUCUGUUACUAAAACUAAUAUAAUUUGAAAGUAAAGUUAUCAAAAUAUAUAAAAAAAACAAUAUCUGUUGAAUAAAUCCUAAAAAUACGUAGUUUAAACAAUGUCAAAGUGUUAAACACCUGAAAUUUCGAAAACUGCAUCGAGCCACCUUAAGGGCAUGAAAUUCUUAGGUAAAAUUGAGUCAUCUAAGUUAGGUUGUAAUACAUGUGUAGAAGGAAAAUUUGUAAACAGCAGGAGUAGGAUUCCUGAUGCAAGAUCUCAAAAAUCAUUGGAGAAAGUGCAUGUAGAUUUGGCAGGUCCAGUUUCUCCUGUAUCAAGAGAGGGGUUUAAGUACUGCAUAGCUUUCACUGACGAUUUCUCAGGAGCAGUAUUUGUUUACUUUCUGAAAUGUAAAAGUGACACCUUUGUAGCAACAGAGAAAUUUCUAGCAGACAUCACUCCUUAUGGCAAGGUAAGUUGCAUCCGUUCUGACAAUGGCUCAGAAUUUACAGCUAAGGCGUUUCAAACACUACUAAGGGAGCGUGGCAUAAAACAUGAAACUUCUGCUCCCUACUCGCCACACCAGAAUGGCACCGCUGAAAGGCACUGGCGCACAUUGUUCGAAAUGGGCAGAUGUCUUCUUCUUCAAUCAGGGUUACCCAAAACUCUCUGGCCCUAUGCAAUUCAAACCGCAGCUCACAUUAGGAAUAGAUGUUUUAAUAAGAGAACAAAGACAACACCCUACUUUAGCCUUACUGGGAAAGUACCUGAUCUUUCUAAAAUGUGGAUCUUUGGAUCUGAAUGUUUUGCUUAUGAACAGGAGCAUAAGAAAUUAGACUCAAGAUGCAGCAAGGGGGUAUUUGUGGGAUACGACAAAAAUAGCCCUUCUUACCUAGUCUACUACCCAAAAAAUGGGAAAAUCAUGAAACAUCGACUCAUUAGAAAAGAUUCAUUCUUAAAAUACUAG